AUGACAGCAGAGCUUUUUAUGUUACCAUGUAAAACAACUCUUGUUUUACCUCAAAUGAAUUUUAAAGCUACCGAAUAUCCGUCUGGAUCGUUCGAUGAACAUUGUGUUACUGAGGUUGCCCUUCAAAAUCUCAACAGAUUUUGUGUAAGUCUUCAGAGCGGGGAAAGACUUUCGUUGAGUCGACGCAGUGAAAGUUGUAGAGUCGGCAGCUUUAACAUGCUUUAA